AUGGUAUCAGAUCCAAGUUGUUUUUUACAGCGGCCGAUGAAUGAAGCACAUUGUUCACAAGAUAUUGAUCAAAUUUUUAAUUUUCGAUGGAUUAUUACCGAUAUCUACAAUCAACUCUUUGAGUUAAAAUCUGAAUUUUGUGCUUCUUCAAAGGCUAAACCAUAUGCAAAUAUUAAAAGAAUACAUAACGAAGAUGAAGAAGAACUACAGUCUAGUACUGUCGGCACCGUAUUCCGCAUACAUUCUGUUGAUUUUGAUCCUAUAUCUUGUUGUCAUAAACAACACAUUCCCAAGUGGAUUAUCAAAGUACCGUUAAUAGAAGUUGAAACCGAAGAAAUACAAAGAUUUAUAAACUGUAUGAUAGAUCAGCAAAUAAAACCUUCUCGAAUACCACUUUCAAUUUUAGCCGACUAUUUGGUAGAUUUGGGACAGUUUGAUAAAGCAUUAAAAUAUCAUGAAAUGCAAUUAAACGAGCUACCUUCACCACUUGAUCUUCCUGAUAUAUAUGGUAGUAUUGGAGGUACAAAUCAUUCCAAGAAAGAUUACGUUUCAGCAUUAAAACAUUUUAACUCUUUAUCCCCGGAUGUCCAUACCCAUGGAUAUUGA